AUGCAGCAGUUGCUGUUUCUUCGUCGCCCCAUCUGCAGUGGUGGCCAUCGCGAAUCAUCGGCCAAUCUUCGCCAUACCAUUCACGGGAUGGCGACAUCACAGGGUGAUCCCGCAGCUAUCCUCGACCCCAAGGACUAUGCUGUCGUCUGGAUUGCACCCCUCGAGAUCGAAGCCAAGGCCGCCUUAUAUAUGCUCGACGAGCAACACCAAGGCCGAUUUGCAGUGGAUCAUGGCGAUGAAUACGUGUUCCACGCGGGUAGCAUGUGCGGCCACAAUGUCGUGAUAGCGACUUUCCCAGCUGGCCAGGAGUAUGGCACAGGGUCGGCGGCAGCACUCGCAAGCCAGAUUCUCAAGUGCUUUCCCCAUCACUGGUUUGGACUACUGGUUGGCGUCGCGGCGGGACUGCCAGACCUAUCCUGUAACCCACCCCGCGAUAUCCGCCUCGGCGAUGUGCUGGUCAGUCUCCCUGAGGGCGAGAGAGCCGGGAUCAUCGCGUACGAUCUCGGCAAAGAGACCGACGACGGAUUUCAACCCCUACGGUACGGACACGUCUUGACCACGACGAAGCCGAUAGUGCGGUCGGCAAUCGGGAGGAUCAAAAUCCAAGCACCAAACGAUGCCGCGAUCUUCCUUCCCUACUACGAGAAGAUCCGUGACCGGGAGCACGCUAACGGCACCUUCACGGACCCUGGGCAAGACCGCGACAGGCUCUACUCGACCAACGAGGGCAGACCGGACGAACUCGUCGAACGAGUCCAACGACCAGACUCAGCCCGUACACGAGUAUGGUACGGGCCGAUCGGAUCGGGAGAUAAGCUAUUGAAAAAUGCGCAGAGACGGAACGAGCUCAGGGACAAGUACGGGGUUAUUGGCCUAGAGAUGGAGGCGGCAGGGACGAUGAACCGAAUUCCCGUGGGAGUUAUCCGGGGGGUUUGCGACUAUGGCGACCAGCAGAAAAACAAAGAGUGGCAGCCGUACGCAGCGGCGAUGGCGGCUGCGUAUGCGAAAGCGGUGCUGAGGGAGAUAUCUCCUGCUAAAAGCGGCAUCGGCAAAACGCAGAUUGCGCUACGGUUUGCUUACGAUAUCAAAGAAAGCCGACCCGACUAUUCUAUCUUCUGGGUGCCAGUCCUGAGCCAUAGUAGCGUAGAACAGGCGUACGUCGAAAUCGCCAGGAAGCUAGGUGUCCAGAAGAAGACCGACGACGAAGAUAUCAACUCGGACAAAGGCGGCAAAUGGCUGUUGGUAAUUGAUAACGCUGACGACCAGGAGCUGUUCUUCGGAUCUGACGACAAGGCCGGUAUCGAGGAGUACAUUCCUGAGAGCGAGAACGGGUUGAUCUUGUUAACGACGCGAUCGAGACAAGUUGCUGUGCAGUUCACGCAGUCCAAUAUUGUCGACAUUGAGGAAAUGGACUCGAACGAGGCAACACUACUUCUCCAGAAGUCUCUCACGCAGAGACAGACACCCCAGGACGAAGCACUAGUGGAAGAUCUUCUUAUCCAACUGACCUAUCUUCCGCUCGCAAUCACGCAGGCAGUAGCAUAUCUCAAUCAAACCAAGGUCCUGAAGUCCGAUCCAAUUGCAAUCGAUCUGCUCUCGUUCACGGCAUACAUUGAGCCGAAGGCGAUACCACAAUGGAUCAUGCCCGGGUCAGAGUCAGAGGAGACGGAAUGGGCGAUCGGCAUCCUCUGCGGCUUUUCGUUUCUUGUUCGGCGAGGAGACGACGAUAUAUUCGAUAUGCACAGUCUUGUGCAUUUGGCCACGCGGGAAUGGCUUAAAACGCAGGGUCGGCACGAGCGGGUAGCCUAUGAUGCUAUUCGUCGCUUCAACGAUAUAUUUCCUUCAAACGAUCGGGAGAACCUAGCGGUGGAGAGGGAGACACUAGACGAGAAGGAUCAUGAUCGACUAACAUCGGAGCACGAGCUUGCGAGGGCAUACCUCAACAACCGGCGGAUCAAGGAGGUAAUCGAGAUGUUCGAGUAUGUAGUAGCGGUGCAGAGGGAAACACUGGACGAGAAGGAUCAUUCUCGACUAGCGUCGGAGCACGAGCUUGCGAGGGCAUACCUCCAAGACCAACGUAUCGAGAAGGCAAUCGAGAUGUUCGAGCAUGUGGUAGCGAUGCGGAGGGAGACACUAGACGAGAAGGAUCAUUCUCGACUGGCAUCGGAGCAUAUGCUUGCGGGGGCAUACCUCAAGGACCGACGGAUCAAGGAGGCAAUCGAGAUGCUCGAGUAUGUGGUAGCGACACGGGGGGAGACACUGGACGAGAAGGAUCAUUCUCGACUAGCAUCGGAGCAUAUGCUUGCGAGUGCAUACCUCGAAGACCGACGGAUCAAGGAGGCAAUCGAGAUGCUCGAGCAUGUCGUUGCUGUUGAAGCUCAGAUUUAUGCCGAGGACGACCCUGAGCGCGUUCUCUCCGCAGAAUUGCUAGCGGAAACAUAUGCAACUCGAAUCGUGUAAUGAGAAUAUCGACAGCAA